AUGACCUCAUCCGAUCAAUCGGUGCCCGAGAAUCGUGGCGCCUCAUCCAAUCUCCAGUCCUCGUCUCUUGCCAGAAGAACCCAUACUGCAACCGCGCGACUUUCAAUGGCGCCCAUCGCGACUCCGAGGGUCUCAGCGUUUUCUGCCUUACAAACCAGAGCUGCAACCAGCAUUUCGACCUUUGACACUCCUGUUCAAGCGUCCUCUUCACCCGAUCAUCACUCCCAGCCUGCUAAUACCGAGUCCCUGCAUGUUGUACCAGCACCUGUGACCAUCAAGCGCAACAUCCCCUCUGACGAUGAUGAAGACACGAAGCCACCUCAAGCCAAGAGACCCUACGGAUGGCAUCCUCCUCUUCCCGCGCCACCAUCAGACUGCAGCAACAGAAGUCGCCAGCGCUCUAUCCUUCCAUCGCCUCCACGUCGCAUUCGAUCCAGAUCCCCACGAGCCAGAGCCAUCUACGAAGACUACAAGCCGGGCCUCCGCCUCCCGUCCGGUGUCGAUCAGAAUACCACUGCCAACGACUGGCACGACAGUUUCAUCCAAGCUACUCGCAAUGCCCACAUAGCGAGAAUCGAGCGCCUUCGGGCCAGAGAAGAGUUGCAGGAGGCGAUAUUCGAACUGGAUCUUUUUCAGCUGGAGGUUGCUAGAGAGAAGGUGGGAGAAACCCGUGAGGAUGAUUGA